AAUGGGAAGUUGGUAGCUUCUUCUGCCAGCCUGAAAGGAGGAUUCCCUCAACUCCUAGAGGACACAGCUGAGCAAAAUCCUUGCCAGGCCAUGGAUGGCCCCGAGAUGGAGUCAGAAGGCAGAAUCAACAAGACGAUCUCUUCUUUAAUGAGCCAUAAAAGGAACUUGACAUAUUUGCCCUACUACCAGCACUCCCCACCUGUUGCCGCUAUCUAUAUAAUCUCCUACUUGUUUAUUUUCGCCUUGUGCAUGGUUGGGAACAGUCUGGUUUGCUUCAUUGUGCUGAAAAACAGCCGGAUGAGAACAGUCACCAACCUCUUCAUCCUCAACCUAGCCAUCAGUGACCUACUGGUUGGGAUUUUUUGUGUGCCCACCACACUCGUGGACAAUUUAAUCACAGGCUGGCCCUUCAGCAAUGGAAUCUGCAAGAUGAGUGGGCUGGUUCAGGGCAUGUCUGUGUCCUCGUCUGUUUUCACGCUGGUGGCGAUUGCCGUGGACAGGUUCCGCUGCAUCAUUUACCCCUUUAAAUCGAAGCUCAGUCUGCUCAAGGCCCUGAACACCAUCGCGGUCAUCUGGGUCCUGGCCAUCACCAUCAUGUGCCCUUCUGCUGUCAUGCUCACGGUGGUGCAGAUUGAGGAUCACUACAUGGUGUACAAUGACAACCAGAGCCUGGCUUACCCCUUGUAUUCCUGCUACGAGGCCUGGCCCAACAGCGAGAUGCGCAAGGUGUACACCACUGUCCUUUUUGCCCACAUCUACAUGGCCCCGUUGACCCUCAUCAUGGUCAUGUAUGGUAGGAUUGGCGUCAAACUCUAUAGGUCAUCGGGUCCGGUGAGCAAGCACAGGGUGGAGAACCAUGAGUGCUGCAGUGCUGCUGUCUCCAGGCGGAAGGUCAAGGUAAUCAAGAUGCUCAUUCUGGUGGCCCUGCUCUUCAUGCUUUCCUGGCUGCCCCUGUGGACCCUGAUGCUGUUCACAGACUACACCAAGUUGGAUGACGACCAGAUCGACCUGCUGACGGGCUACAUCUUCCCCUCCGCGCACUGGCUGGCCUUCUCCAACAGCAGCGUCAAUCCCAUCAUUUAUGGCUACUUCAAUGAGAACUUCAAGCGGGGCUUCCAGGCAGCCUUCAAGUUCCAAGUUUGCUCGGAGGAGAUGGGGCUUCACGAGGUCUAUUCGGAGAAGGUGAAGGGCAGCACCAGUGGCUUCAGCGCUCGCAACAAGAUCUUCACAGACAAGGAAUCCUCUGACUCCAUCUGCCUCAAGAAUCUGCAUGCCAAAGCCCCCUGCCUCGUGCAGAAUGGACAGGCCCAGAAACAGGGACUUCACCUGCAGGAUAUUGAUAAAAUCACCCCUCUGAACAAAGUCUGCAAAGCAUGGGAUGAGUGA